AUGCACCCAUCACAAACCUCUUUAGCUAGGCAGUUUUCAUAUCGCAAACACUCCCACGCGAUUCCUUGUCCAUUUGGGUUGGAGAAAACACUAUCGGACAAAGCAAACACCGCUCGCUAUCUUUCCGUAUCGCUGGCCAGGAUGAUAUUCUCAGAUAUCGAACGCGUCUCCAGCUUCCAGAUUGGAGACUGUCCAUCAUAG